AUGGCAAUAGCAUUCAACUUGCCAAGUGAGAGAGAGUCGGCAGAGGAGAACUUUUCACGGUUGAACCGGCUCCUAGCCGAGCUGUACGAGGUUCUAUGCCACAUCUUGGUAUCACGACAUCCUGGCCAAGAGGUGCAGGACAAUCGCCGAGGUGAGUGCCCUCGCGAGCCUAACACACCACCUUACCACUUAAGAUGCAAUUCGACCUACAUCGUGAACUUGGUGAUGGUUUUAGCCAUCCUUAAAGUGUCCCUGGCGUCAUCUCUCUUCAAUACAGUGAGAUAA